GGAGGAGGCAGUCUCAGAAAGCCACAGGACUCAGUGUAUUAGAAGAAGGUCUCCACUCGGGCGCUCGAAGAUGUGGUCUUUACAUCUCUUUCCAGUAUCCAGGGGCGGGAAUCCUGCGUGUUUCUCAGAUCCUGACUUUUCGUUUAACACUGAUGUUCCUGUAGACAGUAUAUUGGAUCCCAAAACUUUCCAAACCUGUGGUUCCACCUAAAAUUCUCUCUGAUGACUUGUUCCUUACUGCCUAGGCGCCAACCAGCCCAGUAGAGUAUCCAUCUUACUUAGUCUUCAGAGCCAGCCAGUGGCUGUAAUGAAUGAACACACCAUCCAGCUCCCCUCAUCACUCCUUGCCGGCGUGUUGCGCUGCUCUCCUCUACAGCACAGGGUCCUGAACCUUGUUUCUCACUGGCUACUAGUAGGUAAUGGCUUUCGCUCUGGGCUGAUGAGAGACAACCACCUUGUUGGCCUUCUGUGUCCAGGAAGAAUUAUAGUCACUAAGAGCUCAGCUCCUCAGUUUGCAGAAGGCCUGUAGUUGAACAUAAAAUGAAUUUUGAACCAUUGAGAAGACUCUGCUUCUCUUGAGCCAGUGGUUGAACUCAUAUGCUUGGACAACCUACUCGAGAGGGAGUGAGACCCUCUGUAAAAUGCUGACCCAGUGUGGAUUGUUGAAGCAGUGGUGCUUGCUGCUAGCAGAGAAAACGUCACUGGGAAUGUGCGCCAUUGACUGGAACGGCGUUAAGCCCAAGGAGACAGUGCUGUCAGUGUCGCUUCUGAGAUUUGCAACUGGAGGUCGAUACUGUCUCCCAGGAUUCGGUGGCCUUUAAAAACUAAAGGAAAAACCAGAUUGCUGCUAAAAUUGAUUCAAUUCCUCACUUGAAUAAUUCCACACCUCUAGUGGACCCCUCAGUGUACGGCUACGGAGUGCAGAAGCGGCCCCUGGAUGACGGAGUAGGUAACCAGUUAGGGGCCUUGGUACAUCAAAGGGCAGUUAUAACAGAAGAAUUCAAAGUGCCUGAUAAAAUGGUUGGAUUUAUUAUCGGCAGGGGAGGGGAGCAGAUUUCACGGAUUCAAGCAGAAUCUGGUUGCAAAAUUCAGAUCGCUUCAGAGAGUUCUGGGAUUCCAGAGAGGCCCUGUGUACUUACCGGAACCCCAGAAAGUAUUGAACAAGCCAAGAGGCUCCUGGGGCAGAUCGUGGACCGCUGUCGGAAUGGGCCUGGCUUCCACAGCGACGUGGACAGCGGCAGCGCCAUCCAGGAGCUCCUCAUCCCUGCUUCCAAAGUGGGCCUGGUCAUCGGCAAGGGCGGGGAGACCAUCAAGCAGCUGCAGGAGCGGACCGGCGUGAAGAUGGUCAUGAUCCAGGACGGCCCGUUGCCCACGGGGGCAGACAAGCCUCUCCGCAUCACUGGGGACCCGUUUAAAGUACAGCAAGCAAGAGAAAUGGUGUUAGAGAUCAUCCGAGAAAAAGACCAAGCUGACUUCCGAGGCAUCCGUGGGGACUUCAGCUCCCGGAUGGGCAGCGGCAGCAUGGAGGUGUCUGUACCCCGAUUUGCUGUGGGGAUCGUAAUAGGAAGAAACGGGGAAAUGAUCAAAAAGAUCCAGAACGAUGCUGGCGUGAGGAUCCAGUUCAAGCCCGACGAUGGCAUCAGUCCCGAGAGAGCCGCGCAGGUCAUGGGGCCCCCGGAUCGGUGCCAGCACGCGGCGCACAUCAUCAACGAGCUCAUCCUCACAGCCCAGGAGAGAGAUGGCUUCGGCGGCCUCGCGGUAGCCAGAGGAAGAGGCCGUGGCCGUGGCGACUGGAGCGUGGGGGCCCCAGGCGGCGUGCAGGAGAUCACGUACUCGGUGCCAGCGGACAAGUGUGGCCUGGUCAUCGGCAAAGGCGGUGAGAACAUCAAGAGCAUAAACCAGCAGUCGGGAGCACACGUGGAGCUCCAGCGGAGCCCGCCUCCCAACACGGACCCCAACCUGCGGAUAUUCACCAUCCGAGGGAUCCCGCAGCAGAUCGAGGUGGCCAGACACCUCAUAGAUGAGAAAGUUGGCGGUGCCAGCCUCGCAGCGCCCGGAGCCUUCGGACAGAGCCCCUUCGGCCAGCCGCCGGCCGCGCCCCACCAGAACACUUUCCCGCCACGGAGCUCAGGGUGCUUCCCCAACAUGGCUGCUAAAGUGAACGGAAACCCCCACAGCGCCCCCGUGAGCGGGCCUCCGGCCUUCCUGGCCCAGGGCUGGGGCAGCACCUACCAGGCGUGGCAGCAGCCCCCGCAGCAGGUCCCAGGCCAGCAGAGCCAGCCGCCGAGCAGCCAGCCUGACUACAGCAAGGCCUGGGAAGACUAUUACAAAAAGCAGAGUCACGCCGCCCCCGCCGCCCCGCAGGCCAGCUCCCCGCCGGACUACACGAUGGCCUGGGCAGAGUACUACAGGCAGCAGGUCGCUUUCUACGGGCAGACGUUGGGGCAAGCUCAGGCCCACAGCCAGGAGCAGUAGGGCAGCACCCGCGCCCCUCCCUGGAAUCAUUGUGAGCGGAAAGCCUGUUUGGAACAGAGGUUUUUAGAUUUGCAAACCUUUUGAUGAUGAACCUUUGUUUUGUUCUGUGAAACACUAUAUUUAGAUUAACAGACUUUUUCUAAAAAUCGGGAAAAUUAGCUACUAAAAUUGCUGAUCAUUUUUGUUUCAUUAUUAUUGUUUGUUGUUUCAAACGUGUGGGCUCUGGGACUCUUUCUGGAGCAAUCCCUGCAAAUUCAGGCCUGGGACGUGCCUCAGAGCAGUGACAUUUCAGCGCGGCGUGGUUCUGUUAGGUUUGCGUGACGUUAUUUACAGUUUUUUCUGUUGCAACACAAAGUGGCUUGGAAGUCUUAGGUGGUAUGUAACAAAUUCUUUUUAAAAUUUUUUAAACAGUAUUUAAAUAUUCUUAAAUGUAAAUUCCUUAAAUGUUUGCUUCUAAUUUCUUGUAUCUUGGCUGUCUGGUUUUAUUGCAUUUUUUAAAAACUGAACUAUUAUGUGUUGUAAUUAAUGAUGUGAAUUCUGACUUGAGACAGCUGAUCGCGUUGCUGUCCAGGGGUGGUAGACGUUUUACAGGGUUUGUGCGGCCGCAGGGCGCGGGUGGAGCUCGGCGGGGUCGUGUCGUUGUGUCCAUGUGCUGAGCGUCCUGUCUUCAAAUGUGUAUCUGACACCUCCAAGCUUGUUUUAAAAACAAAACAAAACCUUUCUCUAUUCUCUCAGAAAUAUAAAUACUGUUAUUUUUAAUAUUAAAAAGAAAUUCGAUAUAACUUUUAACAAACACUGUGGAACAUUAAACCAUAUAAAAAUGUAGUAACUAUUUUUUAAUUCCAGGUGUUUUUGCUUUUUGCUUUUAAAUAUUUUCUUAAUAUUGUCAAAUUAACUAGGUAAAUAAAUAAAUCUAGUAUUAACCACAGUAUGAAUUAAAUAAUUUUGAUUUAAUAAAAGGGAUAAUAUGAUUUCCAAUGUUUACUGUAGUGCAUCUUGUACAGAUAACAUGUAUUUUUAAAGGAAAAGGAAACGGAAUUGAAGCUAUUUUUCCUUGCUUUUUUAAUUGACCUGAGGGACAUUCCGUUUAAAGUGUGCUAAAGUUACAACUUCCUUACGAUGCUUGAAAUGUCUAACUAUUAAAAAAAGGCAAUUGGAGAAUGUUAUGCAUGUUUUAAAAAAAAAAGUGUUCUUUUUAUUUGACUGACAAUUCAUUUUACACUCUAUAUAAUAAAAUUCCCACAAGACACCUGUGGG